AUGAAUUCGGCCAUUGCAACUUAUUGCUCAGUCCUACCAGGAUUGGAUUCAUUCUUUCGCUCUCUCUCGGUUGCCGAUGUCGACUCUUGUGUGGUGGUGGAAUCCGCAUUUCCAGAGGUUGAGAGAUGCUCUGAAGAAAAGUUUCGCUAUCGCCUCAGCCACACACCGGAGCUGUGUGUGGGACUCUUUAUCAAAGACGGGGGACAUGACCGACUUAUCGGACACGUCAUUGGAAACAGGGUAUCUGGCGGACGUAUCACGGAAGGAUCUAUGUCAAUGCCCGAAAAUUGGCAGACUCUCGCCCGCAAUGCAGCAUUUAAAGUAGAUGGAGAAGUGAUUGGAAAUGAUCCUAAUGGCGCGUCUAUCGCUAUCCACUCUGUUGCCAUCUCUCCGGAAUACCAAGGCAAGGGGGUUGGGAAAGCAUUGGUUGCGGCAUACAUUCAAUAUAUCAAGGAUGCACAGGUGUUAGCAGACUGCAUCAUGUUGAUUGCUCACGACUACUUAAUCCGAUUCUAUGAGAGCACAGGAUUCAAGAAUUGUGGGAGCAGUCACUGCCAAUUUGCUGGUGGUGGAUGGUCUAUGAUCUUUGAGGUAACUGAAGGAAUUGCCCUUGCUACCAAAAACAUGCGCCGGUGA